AGUAAUAGGGAUAUUAUGGUAACUUCCCGGGAACCGCCCCACCUCGCACGACCGCAUGAGGAGCUCCCCGAUCUGAACCAGGCCGCUCCCCAACCUCUGCCCCUUCCUCAUGAUGCUCUCCUCUCCCGCGCGGCCCCGUGGACGGCGACGGCGGCGGGUUCGUCCGUGCUGUCUCGGGCUCUGCGGAAACAGAGAUGUCGCCAUUGGAGGCGUGCAUCGGUGUCGGGAAUCGGAGCGCAGCCGCCGCUCUCGGUCGCCGGACGAUCACUUCUGCACUGCGCCCGCCUCCGCCGCUCAUCUUGUGGAAGACAUGGGUGAUGAGUCUGCGAUGAGUACUUGGACAUCGUCAAAAAGAUGUUUGCUAGUGAGGAUGAUGGAUUUGAGAAAGGUUUUAGUGCGAGGAAAAGCCAUGUUGGGUUGGACGAAGGCAACCAGGAGAUCAUGUGAUCUGCAAAAUGUGUUGAUAGAAAUUGCCUUUUGUUACAUGACCAUGUGAUUUGCAAGGCUUGCCUGGAGGACUGCCCCAGAGCAGUGUCAUGCUACAGUUUCAGUUUGCACAUGCACGGAGUGUGUUACAGUGAAUCUAUUUUCAUUUAACACCAUUCCAUGUAGUAUGUAUCUGUGUUCCCCAACUGAACAGAUGCACGUAUAUCUCCAAACCGAAAAAUAUGUUCAGCUACUUAGUACUCCUAAUAGCCUAGUUAGCUUUGUCUAAUCUCCUUGUUGCUGAUUGUA